AAUAUAAAAAGUGCUUCGUCUUCUUCGUUGCGAUCAAGUCGUCUUUGUUUGAGCAGCAGUAGCAGCUAUGGUGAACGUCAGAUUCUACCGCAACUAUGGGAAAACAUUCAAGAAGCCACGACGUCCUUAUGAGAAAGAGCGUCUUGAUGCAGAGUUAAAGCUUGUUGGAGAAUACGGUCUUCGCUGCAAGAGAGAGCUUUGGAGGGUUCAAUACGCACUUAGCCGUAUCCGUAACGCUGCGAGGGAACUUUUAACACUUGAUGAGAAGAACCCUCGUCGUAUCUUUGAAGGUGAAGCUCUUCUUAGGAGAAUGAACCGAUAUGGUCUUCUUGAUGAAAGCCAGAACAAGCUUGAUUACGUUCUUGCUUUGACUGUUGAGAAUUUCCUUGAACGUCGUCUCCAAACUAUUGUCUUCAAGUCUGGUAUGGCCAAGUCUAUUCACCAUGCCCGUGUUCUUAUCCGACAGAGGCAUAUCAGGAUUGGGAGGCAACUUGUGAACAUUCCAUCGUUCAUGGUGAGAGUAGAGUCGCAAAAGCACAUAGACUUUUCUCUGACUAGUCCAUUCGGUGGUGGACGACCAGGAAGAGUGAAGAGAAGGAAUGAGAAAGCUGGAGCUAAGAAAGCUUCUGGUGGUGGUGAUGGAGAUGAGGAUGAUGAAGAGUGAAAAGUAUCAAAACCCUCUAAAACCCUUAAGAUAAAUACACUAUCUAAACAUAUACCAAAAUGGUUUUAGUUAUCGUUACCUCUGUUUAUGAGAUCUUUGGUUCGUUAGUUUCUUAAUUAGUAGAAGAAGUUAAGUGUGUUGGUUUGGUGAUGCAUGUUGGUUUUUUUAUGUAGUGGACCUUGAAACCAUGUCACUUUCGGAUCUUGCUUCUUAUAAGAUAGUAGUGAUCAAUGUUA